GGCCCAGAGAUGAGCACUUACAGCUUUUUCCGCUCAUCGGAAGAAGGCUCGCCAGUCGCCACUCUCUAAGACACACACACACUAAUGCACGCACUUUCUCCAUUCCUGUGUUCAGGGUUGAGGGCUGUGUGUGUACACGUAAGAGCAGAGGAAAUGAAAGUGUGAAAUAUUAAGGGUGUGAAAGGAGUAGUUUUCAGUCAGCGUCUGUACGCUCUGUUCACGCUUAUGUACGAUGAAGCCGAUUGUCUGUCUGCCUUUCUGCGUGGUGUUACUCCUGAUUUGUUUUAGUGAAGUAACAAGUCAACGUUCUACAAAAUGCUGUUUGAAGACAAGCAACCACAAAGUACCUAUACACAGAGUGAAGGAUUAUAGGAUCCAGACAGCAGGAACUUGCCCAAUCGAUGCCUUUGUCUUGUUGACAAUCAAGGGCAGAGAAAUAUGUUGCAAUCCAAAGUCAGACUGGGUCGAAGAAGUUCAGACGAUUGUGGAUCAAAGAAAAUCGCAGGCAAAACCAACCCCUGAUCCAGCAGCCCUGCGGAACCAAAAUGCUAGAACUGGAAAAAAGAAGAAAAAUGGAGGUAAAGGAUGUAGACAAAAGAAGCAAAAAGGACCAAAAUAAAAUAAGCCCUUGAAAGAAAUGUUUGGUUUGUGCAGACGUACAAUUAUAACAUAUGAGAUUUUUUAUUGGUUUAUGCUGAAUGUUGCUCUCUCUCUCUCUCUCUCUCUCUCUCUCUCUCUCUCUCUGAAAUUAAUAUAUUUUGUUUUUAAAAUUGUCCUUGUUUAUAAAGAAUUUAGUGUUUUGUGUGAUUUGUUUUAAGUAUUGUACAUGAAUCAAGUUACUAUGUUUAAUUUGUGCAGAUUUUAUUUUGAAAUGAUAUUUCACAACAAAUUAAUGAAGGAAGAAAGAAGCAAGCACUUUAUGUGAUUUUUAGUUAUAAGCUUUUGUAUGUACGUUGAAAAAAAAAAAUAAAGGAAGCAAACCAGCACUUUAACCUCUCUGUACUUGAUAACGGCACGACUGGUAAAAAAAGAAUAAAGAAGUUUCACCACAAAGCCACACAGUUUCAGGUC